AAUAUUAUUUGGUAUAUCUCGCUUGUUUUUGGGAAUAUUAAAAAAUGUUUCAAAUAAAAGUUGAAGGAUUUCGUGGGACGCACACCCAUCCGCUAUUUAUUUUUUUAUAUAUAAAAGCGUAAAGAAUCUAUAAGACUGAAUAUUGUUUGUUUAAAUAGAAGUAUACACUUUUUAAUAUUCCAAUUGAUGUAUCUUGGCAUUCUCUGUAAAAAAGUAUUAAGGCAUACGUGGCGAAAAAUUUAUAGUUUAAAAAAUAUUUAAAUUUAAUUUAAAUAUCUUUUGAACCAAUGGUUUUUUACUAUAUGUGCCUUAAUACUUUUUUAUGGAGAAUACAGCGAUACAUCAUCUGAUGGAUUAAAAACUAUAUGAAUCCAUUUAAAAAAAUACUAUUGACGUUGAUAACUUUUUUAGGAGUCCACCUACAAAAAAAUUAAAUUAGCCAGAAUGUAACCUUUUCGAAGCCAUUCAACUUUUAUUCGAAGCAUUUUUUAAUAUUCUGAAGAAUAAACGAGAUAUUCGAGAUAAAAGGUUAAGUUCUAUAUUUCCUGAGCGAUAGAAAAAUUUUUCCAAGAAAUGACGUCAAAUUUUCGAAAUCCCUAAAAUUCUUGGAAAUGACGUCGAAUUCUGAGAAUUUCUAAAAUUUUUGGAAAUGACGUCAAAUUCUUAGAAUUUUCCAAAUGGAUCGAACGAGCGAAAAUUUUGAUCGAAAAUUCAAUUUUGUAUUAGGAGAACAUAAGUUGAGAACUCCAUUAGAUCCGGAAAAACUGGAACUCAGGUUGGAGGACAGGUUGGCUCCAAUUGUUCGAGUGACUUCGAGACACCCGGCAACAUCGAUAUCGGAGUUGUCCGUUUGUUUUUUGCGGAAAUGUAAGGAACAUUGUUGCGUAUCCCGUUGGAUCCCGUUAGUUUUUCGGCGGGGUAACGAUGGCAGGGGUAAAGGUGAUCGCGCGGUCACGACACGCUGCAGAUACGUGUACGCGCGACAAGCGUAUGGAUCAUGGGCGAUUAUCAGUUUCUGAAUAAAUGGCAGUUUGAAAACGUAAAAAGUGAGUAUAAAAAUAGAACGUCGUGAUACUCACAUUGGUAUAUUAAAAAAUAUGCGAUACUGUUUAAAAGGAUAAAAUUAGCUUCAUAAGUUUUUUAUGAGUCCAUCUACGAAAAAAUUGAGGACACCAGCCCUUUCGAAACCAAUCAACUUUAUCCGAAGCAUUUUUUAAUAUUAUGAAGAAUAAUAUAAGUACGUACAAGUCCAAAUCAAUUGUUAAU